AUGAAAAAAGAAUGGAUAAUGAGUGAUGAAGCUAGACUUGAAAAGAAGCAAAGAAUCCAAGAAAAUAGAGAACGUCGAGCGGCUGCUGCUGCGGCCGUUGCUUCUGUAAAUGCCGCUCUUGGAUUGGGUGGGCAAAUGGGAGGUUCUGCUGCAGUUUUUAAACAUUCUACGGAGAUGGAUCAACAAGAGUUGGCUUUAACUCAACAACAAACGAGAAAGAGUAUUAAACAGGAACAGCCACUCCUUUCAGCAGAUUCAAUAACUACCGCUUCUUUUCUUCAAACACAACAACAAACCCAAGCAGCACAACGAGUUGAAAUGUUACAAGUCGAGGCUUUACAUACUGAGCAACAACAGCAACAACUCGUACCUCAAUUAACGCACCAACAAGAAGUCCCCAAUACACUAGUUACUGAUUUACCACCUAAUCCUUUGGUUGGAUUACAAAAUCCCUUUACUUCUCCAGCAGCCGCGCCAUUAUUGAAUACACAAACAACCGGUACUGAACAAGUAAUGGCUGCAGCUAAAGUAGCAGCUGCUGCGCAAGUUGCGGCUGUUCAACAAGUUGUUAACCAAGCAGCCGCUGCUGUUCUCCUUCAUCAUGCACAUCAACAACAACAACAUUUACAACAACAGCUUGACGAUAUACCAAUGGAACAACAACCACAACCUGAACAACAAUCCCAACAACAAUUUAAUGUUGCAGAUGAACUUCCUCCUCCGGUUGUUGGGGUUCCUGUUGGGAGUAGUACUUCUAUUCACACAACAGUGGCAGGUGGGGGGCAUGUUGGGGAUGUUCAACAACCACAAGCUGCACCACCUCCUGCUUUGGCUGCUCUUGUUGCUGCCGCUGCAGAAGAAGCAGCAGCAAUGCAACAACCACAAACACUGCCUUUACAGAGGCUUCAACAACACCCUUCUUCAUUGUUAGUUUCUGCUGGACUUAUUCCAGAUACUAACAACCAAUCAACUUCAACAAUGAUUACAACAACCAACGAGAAUUCUAAUACCCUCCCCCCUGCCGUUGCUGCAGCAUUAAUUCAACAACAACAUAGCCAACAACAACAAAUUUCAGGCAAUCCACCAAAUAUUACAACACAACAGGCAUCAGCAGUAACUGAAUCUAUUCAGCAACAAAUUGUUGCUUCUCAUCAACAACAAGCGGCCGCUGCAGCAGCAGUAGCCCAUCAUUUACAGCAACAGCAACAAGUACAACAUGUUGCUCAACAACAAGCGGCUGCUCAAAUAGUAGCUGCUGCACAAGUUCAACAAAUGCAACAACAAAUAGCUCAACAUCAGCAACAACAAUUGGCUGCUUUAGCAAAUGUAGCUGCUGUUCAUCACCAUCAACAACAACAGCAGCAACAUUUAAAUCAACAGUCAUUAAAUACAAAUAAUGCUUUUUUAACAUCUGGGAGUACAACUAAUGCUCAAAAUGAAAAUGUUAAUCAACAAUUACAACAAGUUGCCAAUGUUUUCUCUACGGGAACAAUUCAAAAUAAUAACCAGCAACCUCCAAAUAUUUCUUCUCAAAUUGUUACUCCAGCCCCUUCAACUGGCAUUUUACCGAGCUGUUUUAUUGAGGUAGCUGCUGCCCAUUUAGCUUCACAACCUCAACAAACACCUCAACAGCCUUCAAUUCCUCCCCCUCCAAAUCCAAAUGUAUUACCACAAUUAAUUCCACAAACAACAACACAAACUGGAAAUAUUUUAAUUCAACAACCGUCAAGUAUUAUGAGUAUUGGAACUGGAGGAGGUCAAUUAAAUAAUAACAAUAAUUGUACACCUCCCCAACAAAAUACUUCUUCAAUUCAACAACAGCAAACAAUUACUUCUUCAAUAUCUACUAACCAAUCUCAAUCACAAAAUUUGCUUCAAUGUCAACAAUUUCCACCCCAACAACCACAACAACAGCAACAACCAAUUCAUCCACAAUAUUUAGAAAUGGUUUCAAUUCCAAAAGAUAUUUUACUUAAAUUGGUAGAACAACGAAUUGAAAGUGACAAAACACAAGUACAACCACCAAGUAAAUGUUUGUGUCAUUGCCAUUGUGGGAGAUAUCCAAAUGAUGUUCCUAUUGUUGAUAAGGUUAUGACUGAUUUGUUGGAAGGUUCAUCUAAACAUCUCGGAGGAGGGGACAACAAUAGUACAAGCAGUAACAAUUCUACACCUCGAAAUUCUCUUCAAUCACAGCCUGUACAUUUCCAGUCUGUCACUAACGGGCAAAUAUCAUUACAACAAACACAACAACAAAACACUUUAAUUAAUCAAUCUAUUACUACUGGAAAUUUUGUUGAAACAAUGGACACAAGCGGCGCUUCGUUUUCAAUUGCUUCCUCUCUACACCAACUCAGUGCUUCUGAUCAAGAACAAUUGGCUGAAUUGUCAAAGGCUAACGAAAUUUGGAAGACUUCAGCAACAACUUCUUCAAACAUUUCCUUAACUGCGGGAGGGGCUUCUGGAGAUUUACAGUUUUUGAUGGGACAUUACACAGAAUCUGAUUUGCGUCGAUUAAUUGGUUUAGCUAAAUCUUUGGAUGCUUUUAAACGUCUUGAUCAACACGACCAAGAACGUUUAUUAAAAAGUUGUUUCGGAAGUUUUUUUGUUCUUCGUUCUGUUCUGAGUGUGGAAGUGAAUGAAUUUACUGUUGCUAUUUUACGACAAAAUGGAGUUCCUGAAUCAACUAUAAGAUUCUACGUUGAUUUUCCUGUCGAAUGGCGCCGAAACGAAACAAUUAAUUUAUUACUUGGACUUAUUCUUCUUUUCAAUGUUGAAGUUGCUGAUUUACAGAGUGCGAUUUCUGUUACUGUUGAAAAUAUGAAAUUUCAAUCUUUGCUAAAAAGGCUUCUUUAUGCAUUUUGCGAUCGUGACUCUGUUAAAGCCGAAACAGUUGCAGCAGAAUUACUUGCUCGAGUCGAGCAUUUAAAGCAAUUAUUCCCUGGAGGAACACCAACACAUAAUUCCUUGGGUAUUGGGACUUGUAAUAAUUUGGCUUUUGCACCCCAAACGAUUGGACAACAACAACAAAUUGUUUCGACUAGCCAAUUAGUUGAAUGCUCGAAUUCUUCGAUUAAUAUAAACACUAGUAGUUAACAAGUAAAGAAGAUUUUGUUUGAUUUUUCAAAAUUUUGAGAAAAAAGUGUGUUUUGGGAAAUUAGGAUAGGUACGAGAAGGAUAGUUAAAAACAAAAAAAUUGUAUUUAUUUUGCAGUCCUUCCUUUUUCCAUAGUUACUGAUAUUACGACACAGCCUUAAGGCAAAGAUUUAAUUUAAAAUUUAUUUUUUUAAUUUAUUAAAAUUUAUUUUUUUUAUUUUAGGACAUGCAUUAAUAUUUAAUGCCAUAAACAAGACGAAAUUAGUUAUCAAAAAUAAAAUACAAUAUUUAUCAGUUGCAUAUUAAUUUAAUUAAAUAUUUGUCUUUUUAUAUAAACUAAUUUGGUUUGCUCCUUCUUUGCUCCUCAAGCCCUCCAUACUUAUUUAGAUUUUUUCUAGCUAAUUUUUCUGUCAAUUCUCCUUUGGUUCUGUAACUUUUCCGUAAGAAUUUGUAAAAGUGACUGUGAGGAUCUUGGAGAGG